AUUUUACCUUGCGAUGCGAAUUGGUGACUUGCUGCGUGUCUACCACUACUCAUUCUCUACCUAUUCAUCUGCAUAUUACCAUUCCCGUCCCCACACUCCCUUUUCUUCCACCAGCUGCAUUUUCUUGUCACGCGUACCCUUGUGUCGAGGCGAUGGGACAUGUGCAGGAUGUUUGCCAUUCUGCAGGAGAGAUACGCCUAUAGUGAAGGUGAUGUGCUUGUGUUUUGCGGGUACAUUUCUUUUCAGGUUUGUCUGUAAUAACACGUAUUUCUCACCUAGUUCGUGUACAAUGAACAAGUAUUCAUUUAUAUACAUCAAGUGCGGGUUGGUGACUUGCGCGGCGUGUGGCGGCAAUAAAGUGCUGAGACAGAACACCCCAGAACAACGCAUGCGCUGAACACGGACUACCGCAAGCAAGACAUUCAAGACACAACCCUCAGUCACUCACUCCGAACCACAGCAAGACAAAGGACAUCACCAGCGCCUCAAUAUGGAACCCGACCAACCUUUGGAGGGGAUACGCGAGGCUGCAUCACCGCUCACACACUCCAGGCAGCUCUUGCACCAGCCAGAGUGUACCAGUAGAGUUCCCAAAUGCGCACGGUGUAGGAAUCACAACCGCCACACGCCGCUAAGAGGACAUAAGCGCUACUGCCCCUUCAGGAGAUGUGAAUGUCCACGAUGCCAGCUAACUGUGGACCGCCAAAAGAUUAUGGCUAGACAAGUGGCCCUUAGACGCGCACAGGAGCAGGACGAGGCGCGGAGAGUCCUACAGGAUACGCUUCCCUUAGAAUCCUCCUCAGUCACGCAGGAUUUUGACUUGGAAGGAUACAGAAGUGAAGAAUCCGUGUCUCCUAGUUUUUCUACUGUCUCCGCCACCACGCCGCCGCCGCCGAUGCUUCUGUCUCCUCUACAGCGCCCUCUGCCCGAGUACCCACGCCAGGACCUCGCAUCCUUAGCCUUCCCGUCCUCGCAUGGCGCCUCAACCGACUGGUUACAACAACGGCAGCAGCAGCAGCAACAACAACAACAUCAACAGCAACAACUAAGACAGCCCUUCACUUCCCCAUCUUUUCCUCCUCCUCCUCCUCCAUAUCUCCCUUCCCUCCGUUCCUCCCUGUCCCGUCCUUUUCCUUCAUUCUCCCUUUAUGACCCACGCACUCUUCCUUAUAUUCUGUCACCCCUUCUUUACUCCCAGCACGCUGCCGCCGCCGCCGCCGCCUCACCUUUGUCGCGUCUCCCGCCCAAGAACACCCGCUGCGCCGCUUGUGGCCUCAGCGUGUCAGAAUUUGAGUUUCUGCACCACCGUUGUGAUUCCUGAGCUGGUCUUCGUUUUCUUUUUGUCUCCAUUUUCUUUUUUGUUCAUCUUGUUCUUUCCUCGUGAUUCUUCAGAUAGUCUCUGUUUUCUUUUUGUCUCUCCAUCUUUUUUCUUUCGUCGUUGUGAUUCUUGAGUCAUAAUUUUCAUCUCUCUCUCAUUUAUGUGUCCUACUUUGUCUUUCUUUCCUUCGUCUUUUUUUUUUUUAUCCUCCCUCUUGUCUGUCUGUCAGUCUUCUCGUGUCCGUGUCUAUUUCUUCAUUUCUUAUCGACAUAUUUAGUCAAGUUCCUACAUUUUGUUUAUCUUGUUAUAAUUCCUGUCAUCAUCGUUCUAUUCGUCACCUGUUCACACCUCCCAACAUUAUUUCGAUUAAUUAAUCAGCAGAACUUUAUACCCCAUACAUAUAUUGCCCAAACACUCGUAUUCAGAAAAACAAACAAACAAACAAACAAACUCCGGCUUGUAUUCUGAAACCUCUUGUGUUGUCAAUGGAGAAAGGUAUUUAACACUAGACAGUAAGGAAAGACAGUGUAAUGAGCAACAGACACUACAUAUUAGUAGUAGUAGCAGCAACAGUAGUAGUAGUAGUAGUAGUAGUAGUAGGAGGAGGAGGAGGAGGAGGAGGAGGAGGAAUAGGGAUUCUAACACAGUUUACCCUUGCAGAGGGGGAAAGAAAAUGGAAAUAUCUGUACGUUUUCCUUCGUAGAUUCAACGCCAAUGGUUUCUCCUCUCUCUCUCUCUCUCUCUCUCUCUCUCUCUCUCUCUCUCUCUCUCUCUCUCUCUCUCUCUCUCUCUCGUAAAAUCAUGUAGACUUAGCACGUUUAUUAAAAUUAAUUAUAUAUAUUCUUUGAGAUUUGAUAAGAAUGAUGAUGUAUGUCGAGUAGGUGUUACAUGUACGAAAAUGAUUGCAGAUAUAUGAAAACUGUUGAUUUUACGGCAAGAGAAAUUAUAGUUUAAACAACGUAAAGCUCUACAUUUGUGUAAUUAAUGUAAAAAGUUGUAUGUAUCGUCAAAAUAUAAAUAAAUAAAUAAA